AUGACGGACGACUGUGAAUUUAGUGAAGACGUAGGCAUGAGGAUGGAAGAGGACGGGGAGGCGUACAGCGACGACCCCAUGACCACCGGAGCGGUGGGGGACGGCGGCCUGGCCGGAGGCGAGGCCGAGGGGGCGAGAAUCGACGCUAGUAAAAAUGAAGAGGAUGAAGGGAAGGUGUUUGUUGGCGGCCUCAGCUGGGACACGACAAAGAAGGACCUAAAAGAUUACUUCUCCAAGUUCGGGGAGGUUAUCGACUGCACUCUGAAACUGGAUCCCUUGACUGGCCGCUCCAGAGGAUUCGGCUUUGUGCUCUAUAAGGAAGCCACAAGUGUUGACAAGGUGUCCGCACAGAAGGAGCACAAACUCAACGGGAAGGUCAUUGACCCCAAAAAAGCCAAAGCCAUGAAGAGCAAAGAGCCGGUAAAAAAGAUCUUCGUGGGCGGCCUUUCUCCCGACACUCCAGAAGAGAAAGUCCGAGAAUACUUUGCCACUUUUGGAGAGGUGGAAGCCGUGGAGCUUCCCAUGGAGGGUAAAACUAACAAAAGGAGAGGAUUCUGCUUCAUCACGUUCAAGGAAGAGGAACCGGUAAAGACCAUCAUGCAGAAGAAGUACCACAACAUCGGCCUAAGCAAUGUAACGCCACUUCCUAUACUCACGUGGGGUUUCGCGGACGACAAGAACGUAACCGGACUGUGUUGUGUGCAGUGUGAAGUGAAGGCGGCCAUGUCCAAGGAACAGUACCAGCAGCAGCAGUACUGGGGAGGCAGAGGAGGAUACUCGCCCAGGUCUCGAGGACGGGGCGGAGGUGCCGGUCCGAACUGGAAUCAGGGUUACGGCAACUACUGGAGUCAGGGCUACGGGAACUACAACUACGGCAAUCAAGGCUACGGGGGCUACGGCGGCUACGAUUACUCUGGUUACAGCAACUAUUACGGAUACGGUGGCGACAGUAUGCCCUCGUCUGCAGAUCCACCGGCCGGAUACGGCAAGUCGCCUCGGCGCCCUGUUCACAGCAACAGUUACAGACCGUACUAA